CUCAUCACGUACACCAACGGGAGACUACACACAGAUAUACGGUAUUCAGAAGAAGAAGCAUAUUUUUAUCGAUCUGCAUAAAUUGGCGCACACAAAUUGAAUAGACGAUGUCACCAUGAAUCCAUACCGAAGUAAGGGGAAUUCAAAUGGAAAGGCGUUGCGCAAACGCAGGCAAAAGUUGAAUGGGUCAAAGAUCAAAAUUAAAGAGGAAAUCAAAACUGAGCCAACGGAAAACACUGAAAUGGUUCAUUACUCGCCACCACCAUCACCAGUCGCAGCGAAUAUCAUUGUCAAAUCAGAAAGUGGGAGUGAUGACGAACUAUGCUCGGUGAGCACUCCUGUUUGGGUGAAGAAGGAGGUCAAAAAAGAAGAUGAGUGCUUGAAGAAAGAAUGCGACACAUCGGGAGGCGGAUGCUCAAGUGGAAUGCCACACAAUGAUCGUGAUGAUGGUGAGCGUCCAAACAACGCAAGUGCUAAUUCGAAUAGAAAGAAUGAAUCAAACAAAGGUCGUGUAAAUAAAAUGAAGAAAAAAGCAACGAUGAAGAGAACAAAGGGAACGGUAUUGAAGAAACAAACAUCAAAGGAACGAAAGAUGCACAAAUGUCAUUUGUGCAGAUAUAUGGCACCGCAAAAACAGUUUCUUAAAAGGCACAUUCGUACCCAUACUGGUGAAAAGCCGUUCGUAUGUGAAAUAUGUGCCAGGGCUUUUAAUCGCAAGGAUGUUUUGAAUCUUCAUAAGAAAACUCAUGCGGCAGAAUUUCCAUUUUGUUGUUCGAAGUGUCGCCAUAGUUUUGCAAAUGAAAUCGAUAAAAUCAACCACGAAAGCGAAUGUGAACAUCUACAAUAUGCCUGCCAUCUAUGCAAGAAAACCACUCGUCAAUUGUCAGAUCUCAAGCGGCACAUGCGAAUCCACAGUGGCGAGAGGCCAUUCAGAUGCCGUAUUUGUAUAAAAAAAUUUACACUCAAAGCACAUCUCACCGAUCAUUCACGAACUCACAUUAAACAACUUCCAUUUAAUUGCGCACAAUGUGGUCGACGAUUUGCUGAUGAAAACAAGAAACAAUCGCAUGAGGAUUAUUGCAAAGGCCGGCGAUACGAUUGUUAUCUUUGCCCAUACAAAUGUUUUUACAAAACCAAUUUAAAGCCGCACAUGCAAGUCCAUCACACUGGCGAGAAACUAUUCAAAUGUGGUGUUUGCGGAAAGAAAUUCGUUGAAAAUGCUAAACUCAAGCGACAUUUCGCAACACACUCCAAACAAAAACCGGUCCAUUGCCCCAAAUGCCUGAUGCCAUUUGCAAAAGAAAACGACAAAAAUGCUCACGAAAAAGGGUGCAAGCGACGCGUUUAUCAGUGUUAUUUGUGCAAGGUUUUAAAGCACCAAUCAUCAGAUUUAAAACGCCAUAUGCGGAAUUACCACACCGGCGAAAAGCCAUUUCCAUGCAAACUAUGUGGCAGUCGUUUUUCACUACUUGGUCACGCUAAUUGUCACAUGGAAAAGGUACACGGUUUAAAGAAAUGAUUGCGAUUCUAAUGGUAGAAAACUGAAAUUAUUUUAUGCGAAUCCAGAAACAAAAUUAUAUUGAUGCAGCAUAAAAUAUGCAUUUAAUUACUCACAUCCAACUUGAUCGGAAACUUUUUUUUUAAUUUAAUAUUUAAUUAAGUCAGAAAACACCAAACAAUUAUACUUCAUGUAAAA